AUGUGGCGGAGCUGUGGUGGUGGGAGUUGUGAGCUCUAUCGUGGCGAAUAUAUAUACCAUAGAGUAUACGAGUUAUUCAGAAGCACAAUCAAAAUAGCUACCAAGCAGCCAAAAGGAAGAACAAAGCUUGUUCAGCGCCCAAUGGCCCACGCACCUGCCCCCCUCCAUCUCACCCACUCACCCACAACCUCCAACCCCUCGCCGCCCUCCUUCUCCCCCACCAUGGCCUCCUCGCCCUCCACCACGGGGACCUCCCCCGCAAAGGCAACCCACACAUGCCCUUCCUGCUCCCGCUCAUUCUCCCGCGGCGAGCAUCUCGACCGUCACCUCACCACCCACAUGCCCUCCAACACGUCCAAGGCCUUCGUCUGCCAGUCGUGCUCAAAAGGGUUUACUCGCAAGGACGUACUAACACGGCACAUCCGUGCCGUGCAUGAGACAAAGCGCCCCGAUGUGCGGAAGAGUCGGCGUCGCAGCUGCAGGCGCUGCGCCGGCUUCAAAAUAAAAUGUUCCGGCGGCGGCCGGGGCGCAGGCAAGAACGGCACGCGGGAGGGCGGCCGGGCAGAGGAUCCGUGCGAGGCGUGCAAGAAGCGGGGCGCAGUGUGCAUCUACGAUUUCGGAGCGCCGGUGGAAGAGGCGGAGGAGAGUCCGAAGACGAGCGCGGAGGAUGAGUUGCUGGAUUUUGGCUCGGAGGUGUCGGAAGAGGACGGAAAUGGCGGCGCACAUAAGAGGAGGAGGGUCGGAGAAGAGAGAUACGAGACGGUGUUUGAGGAUGGCGGACGCAGGGUGUCGCCGCACCUGUUGUCGGCGGCAAGAAUGGCGUCGGAGAGUGGGAGCCAGGGUGCGCGGUCAGGGUCGUCGGCUUCGGCGUCGGCUUCGGCGGCUAGCCUGAGGAAUUUGAUUAGUUGUGACCACACUGCGGAGUUAUCGUCGGCAGAUCAGCUGAUGUCGCUGAUGACCACAAACACCUAUGGAACGAUUCCAAGUCUCGAUGGGUCGCGGCCAAGUAGUGGCACACACACUCCGCAGAAAGUACCACUAUCUGUUGACAUUCCAGUAUUUGGAAUAAAGCCCCAAGUACCCUUGAAAUCUCCCCCGUCUCAGCCUGCGAUAGUACCCCAGUCGCCAAAUACAUCCAUGUACCGACGGGAUGAGUAUUACCAGCCACAGAAGGCUUCAAUAAGCGCCAGUAAGCGCCCAGAUCCUCUUCCACUAUCACCUCGUGAUUUUAGAGACAACUUCAGCACUCCGGCCACUCUGGCAAAAACCUUGCAAGGGUUUCCUCCUGUAUCUCCUCCGUCGCGGUCACCGCCAAGGCACUUUCCAAAUCUGCAGGCUUCAAAGUCUGUAGAUAUCAGUUCGUUUGUAAACGAUGUGCCAGAGGAAAAUCAAAGACCUCAGGAAUACCCCCCAGUAUCUUUUACGGUAGAUUAUACUCAAAAACAGACAGAAAUGCGGCAGAAUUCUGGGACCUUCCAGACUGGGAAUCUUGGAUCAUUAGUAGGACAGCAAGACAUGGGUGGGAACAUCGAUAUGAUUCAAUUAGGCGGGUCGAAACCAGAGGAUAACCAUCCAGGUUACGGUAAUGAUUUACCAGAUCUCGAAAACGAUGAUAAUUGGUUUUUCGACUUUGGGAUCUUUGAAACUACCACCGAUUGGCUGAGAGGCUGGGGUGACGAUUCCUCAGCUCAGGAUAACACGGGAAUUAACGGCACAUUUUCAGAACGACAUCUCACUACUGUUGCCCCAUCCCCUGCUGGUACUACCGCGCCGGGACGAGUCCCGAGCCCUGUGUUACCGCUAACCUCAAAACCUUUUGUCCCACCGGCAGCGCCUGGAUCAGCGUGCUCUGACGAAGGCCCAACAACGUACUGUCCUAAACACCGAGAAGACCAUCAGACACGCUUACCAUCAGUCAGUCCAAUCAAAGACCUUUCCUCCGUCGAAGACUUCUUACCAUGGGGCUGGCAGUCGGGUCGAGAAGAGCCGAAGCGUCGUGUAACUCUGCCUCCGCUCAGACAAAUUCUGGAGGAGUACACGGCCCCAGCUACUUCUCAGCGCGCCGACUCAGUACCUGCAGGUAAGGAUGGCGGCUUGGAUGAGAGGAUCAGGACUGAUAUGGUCGAACUGCUGUCUAUUCCAUAUGAGAGGUAUCCCUACGAGAGUGCAGAUAUGAGUAGAUUCCCGCCAAAGAAGAUGCUUGAUGGGUUUAUCACACUGUACUUCGAGCAGUUUCAUUCAAACUUGCCAAUGAUCCAUAGGCCGACGUUUAGUGUUGCGACGUGCCCAACUAUUGUGCUGGUCUCGAUGGCAAGUAUCGGUGCGAGUUACAGUAAUGUCGAGGGUGCCAAGGUCUUUGCGGAUACAUUGAGCGAGCUUUGUAAAAGGACCCUGGCUUGGAUGGCCGAAUACAACCCAGAAUAUCCGCGCUCGGAUUUCUACCUCAAAGCCUUAUGCCUUCAGAGCGUUUAUGCGUUAGGCUCGGGAUCCCACCGUCUUUAUGACUCUGCAGACGUCUCUAGAAGUUUUCUGAUUGGGAAUGCCCGCCGUAUUGGCUUAUUCUCUGGGACCCUUUCGCCGCCAGCAUCAUCGCCGUCUUCGGCACCAGGUUCUCCAGGCCGGCCCCAUACCGAAGACACGCCUCUUUCCCGAGACACCAACGAGCAGCUCGAGGCCCGCUGGAACACAUGGCGGAAACAGGAGGAGCUGAGACGGCUCGCCUGGUCAAUCUUUGAGUAUGACUGUUCAUUUUCCACAUUAUCCAACCGCCGCGGUGCCAUAACUCUGAAUGAUAUCUCGACGCGUAUGCCCUGUUCCGAGGCGCUCUGGGAAGCGCCGAACGCACACGCGUGGGCUGCGCUCCUGGAGCCGAAGCACUCUACACAGUCGCCUUGUGUGGAGAGGGGAACAUUACUCUUUCCCACGCUACGGGAUGUCGUUUCGGAGAAGGUAUCGCCAGAUACUCUUACUAGUUGGGGCAAGAGACUGUGUGCUCAGGCUCUGGGAAGGAUAUUGUGGGACUUUAAGGAAAUAGAGGAAAGUGUGUUGAGUGUUGGUGGUACUAGUACUACCGGCGGCGGUGGGUUAGGGUUGCCGAUGUUCGGUCCGGGGUUGAAGCCGGCGAAGGACACACUACUGAAGUCGUUGAUGACGCUAUGUGAAUCGAUACAGAAGAAGCAGAUGGAUGGCGGUAUAAGAGAUGGCGAGGUGGAUGGUGAUAGGGUACAUAUGAUUCUUGCAUGCCUGAUAUCACACUACACCCAUCUCCACGCCGCAUUCCCUACCGUCUCUCUCAUCCUCUCCCUCGCCCGGCGCCCCCCCUCAUCCGCCGACACCGGCGCCGACCCGCGCAUCGCCCGCCUCAAAACCAUCUUCUCCAGCGACCCCGUCUACGCGCGCACUCUGGCCUGGAACUCGGCGCAGAUCAUCGCCAUCUCGCGCUGGAAGCCUGUGUUCUCCCCCGUCGAGGGAAUGCGCAUCUUCAUGGCCGGUGUCGUCCUCUGGGGUUUUGGCCGCUACUUCAGAGAGCCCACUAGCACCACCAAUACAAGCUCGGAUGCCCCCAACUCGCCGAUCCGUGGAAUGCAGGAGCAGAUUGUGAGACUAGACUCGCACCCAUGGACGCGCGGCGUACAGGGCACGGGCGAAUAUUGCCCCGAGGAGUGGAUCCGUAAUGGCGGGAAGAAGGCGACGAUUGGGAAUGAUGAUCCGGAUGGGAACGCGAUGACGGAGAUAUGCUCGGAGAGAGGCGCGAGGGAGGUGUUGAGGGUUGUGGUGGGGAUUUUGGGCCGCAUGAGGGUGUGGGGGUUGGGAGGGGAGUUUAAGAGUGUGCUCGAGGAGAUGGUGAAGAGGACUUGA